UCAGAGGUAGCAGAGGAGAGAGAGACACACACGGAGCCUGGCAACUAAUGGAUUAUUCUCAGACUGUUGUGAACUACACAGCAGCCAAAUGCCAUUAACCACAAGGCAAAUUCAGUACUGACAUAUUGACACACAUUUAACUACAGCCUAUAACACCCUACAAGCUCUGAACACAUUUAGAUCACAUAACAUUUGAGACAGGCAGUUCUAACACUGGUCUCUUGAUCUACAUUAGCGUAAACAGACAAACUGAUUCAAUGAUCCCUCACACAAACACAGAGACAAUGGACAUGCAUGGACUUCACUGUUGAAUCAAAGGGACAAAGAUGUGAAUUGUGGUGAGGAUUUGGACACCUUUGUGAAACAUCACUGAAGAGGAUCACAAGCUAAAGCAUGGAAAGUAUCUCAGAGAAAACGGGUUGGGAUGGAUUAGGCCACUCCUCUCUGACAUCUGCGACGGCAGGAAGAAACAACCUCACUUCCUCCCUCUUCUCCGACUUCACGUCCCUCAACAGUUCUCAUGGAGGAGCAGGGUCCUACUAUUGGAUUAUCCCAGAGAACGCCUCAACCACCACGCUCCAAGCCUUACCCCAGCCCAGGGUGAGGGAUUUGGGCCUGGCCCGGGCCGAGAUAGGGGUGCUGGGCCUGGUACUGGCCCUGACUACCCUGGGAAACGGCUUUGUACUGUGGGUGCUGCUUCGCAGGAGGAAACAAAAUGCUCCCAUGCACCUGUUCAUGGUCAACCUGUGUCUUGCUGACCUGGUGGUGGCGCUGUUCCAGGUACUUCCCCAGCUGGUAUGGGACAUCACAGGAAGGUUCAAGGGGCCGGAUUUUCUGUGUCGCUCAGUAAAGUACCUGCAGAUCGUAGGGAUGUUCGCGUCCUCCUAUAUGAUCGUUGCCAUGACGGUAGAUCGGCACUAUGCCAUCUGCUGCCCACUGCAAGCCUACCGUGGUGGGUCCGUGUCGCGCUGGAACACCCCUAUCAUGACGGCCUGGGGCCUGGCCCUACUGCUCUCCAUACCACAGUUCUUCAUUUUCUCGCGGUCGGAGGUGUCUCCAGGAGAGUUUGAGUGCUGGGGUCACUUCGCUGAGCAGUGGGGGCUCAAGGCCUACAUCACCUGGAUGACCCUAGCAGUGUUCUUACUGCCGGCACUAAUCAUCACCGUCUGCCAGAUCCGGAUCUUCAGAGAGAUUCACAACAACAUCUAUCUGAAGUCAGAGAGGAUGGUGUCAGCAGAGCUCAAGAAGAACAACGCUGUCAUCUUCCGCUUCCACAGAGUCAAAAAGGAGGACGGUAGAAUGACAAGGGAAAGGGGGAAGAGGGGGAGAGGAGGAGGAGGGGGAAGAGGAGUAGGAGAAGGACAGCUUCUAAAGACUAUGAACAACAACCCCUCCAGCUCCCCCUUCUCCCCGCUGUCUACAGCUGUGCCCCCAUCGGACUGCUAUGACUACCCGUCCCCCUGCCCACAGUGCAGCAGCAGCAGUCACAAUGACCACACAGCAGCAGCAGCAGCAGCAGCAGCAGCAGCAGCAGCAGCAGCGCAGCAAAACCCCUUCAACAUCCCAGAUAACCUCCCCGUCCCCUCCUACCCUGUCCUUAGUGACCGAAGGGGCUCCAGUACAGCUGUAGUUCCCAGAUCACAUGGCUCCCAUGGCCCAGUCACCUCUGGUGGAUGUAGUGGUGGUUCAGUGCCUCCUAACAAUGGCAGUUGCUACUGCCAUGAGUCCUACACCUCCUUCGAGCUCCCCUCCUCCGCCCGGCAUGUCCCCUCUCCACGCCCCUCCCUGGAUUACCCUCCCUCACCCCCACCCCCUGGCCCUGACCCCCCCUCCAUCUCCAAAGCCAUGUCUAAGACGGUGAGGAUGACUUUAGUGAUAGUGUUGGUGUACACAGUCUGCUGGUCCCCCUUCUUCAUCGUCCAGCUGUGGGCCGCCUGGGACCCCAACCCUCCAGACCAAGGCGUGGCGUUCACCAUCCUGAUGCUGCUGGCCAGUCUGAAUUCCUGUACCAACCCCUGGAUCUACACCUUCUUCAGCAGCUCUGUGUCCAGGGAGCUACAGGCCCUGUUACGCUGCAGACCAAGAACCCCGCGCAGGGGCUCCAUACCUGACGACUCAACCACCACACACACCUCCACCACCACACACACCUCCACCAAGGACAGCCUCUACUGACACACACACCUCCACCACCACACACACCUCCACCACCACACACACCUCCACCACCAC